AUGAACUGCCCCGGCCAUGCUGCAGGUCCACGGUGGUGCUACCCCGACGACUCCGGCGAGGCCGCCGGCGGCGACGCCGUCGACAUGAUCGCGGAUUACUACUCCACGGCGGAUGAUCUCUUCGAGCUGGUGUCGAAACGAGGAGGGGGAGGAGCCGGCGGCGCACCGGGGUUGAGGACGAUGCAGCCAGCCGCCGAAUCCUGCCACUGGUCGCCGCCGCCCGAGGUGCGGUUCGAGCCGCCGUCGGAGGGCCAGAUGGCGGCGUGGCUUGGCACGAUCGUCAGGGGCGAGGAGCUCGCCGUCGACGACGGCGGUGGCCGGGAUGUGCCGGCGGCGAAGAAGAGGUCGAGCGAUAAUGCGUCGACGACGACGGACUCGAAAGAAAAGCUAAUUCCGGUGACGGAAGGGAUCGGCACCAUGCAGGAGAUGAGAAAGGCGCCAGCAUCAGGAGGAUCUUCAAGGAGGUCACAUAACCUGACCGAGAAGAGACGAAGGAAUAAGAUAAACGAGAGGUUCAAGACUCUGCAGCAACUCGUCCCAGGAUGCGACAAGUCCAACCAGGCCUCGACGCUGGACCAGACCAUCCAGUACAUGAAGUCACUGCAGCAGCAUGUCCAGGCAAUGUCCGUCGGACCUGCACGUCCGGCGGCGGCGGCGGCAGUCCCUGUCGUGCAACCGCGGUACGCGCCUCCAGAGGCGCCGCCGGUCGCCGUGCAGAUGAUGCCAGCGGCUCCGGUGAUCCUCGCCCCCGCUCCGACGACGAUGGUUCCCUUCGGGGCCAUGCUUCAUCAGAUGCCCCACUACCCUGCUGCCGUGCCGGUGAUGAUGCCUGCAUCCGCAUCCGCGGCGCUCCUGUCGUACCCGGCGGCGCCUCCUCCGAGGGCUGCGGCGGUAGAGCCGGGAGGUGCCGGGUCGUCUGCCAGCCGUCGACAUGGCUCAAGCAGCAGGAAGGGAAAGGGCGGUAGGAGACUGCGCCAGAAACACUGA